AUGGCGAAGAGCUUCUAUGAGCUGCCAGAGCCAGUGGCCCCCACAGUGAUGGAGGUUGACGGGAUUAUAUUAACCCCCGCCGACGCCCUCCCCUCCACCCACACCACCCUCCCCACCCUCAUCACCCUCCCCGCCCACAACCCGCGCCCCGCCCAACGCGCCAGCCGCCUCCUCGCCCCCUCCGGCGACCCCCCGCCGCCCAGGGGACUCUGGCAGAGCCUCUACCACACCCUCAACUACCUCCCCACCCUGCAGCGCCUGUACUCGACGCCGCCCGACCUCCUCGUCAAGCACCUUCUCUCCGGCUCCAGCCCGCACACCGACAAGCUCCUCGGCACCCCGCCGCCCCGCCGCUGGAACACGGCCCGCAGCGGCCUCGAAAAGACGGAGCACGUCGCCUUCCACCCGCGCCUGCCGCUGCUCGCACUCUCGUCGACGUGGGCGCGCAUCCACAUCUAUGACCUGCGCACGGGCGCCUUUGCGCCGUACUUCUUGUGUGCUGCGGACACGCCGGCGGCUGUCACAAUCACGAGUCUGGCCUGGAAUGGGGUCAACCAGCUUGCGGUCGGGAUGGAUAGCGGCUGUGUGGAUGUGUGGAAUGUCGACCUGUCCAUUGAGAAUGCGGACGAGUGGGUGGAGGAGAGCCUGCUGACGAGGAAGGCGAGGAGGCCCGGCCCGCUGUUUGGGCUGACGCCAACGCCGAUGCGGAGGCGCGCACAGAACCUGGCGGCGUUCCGGGGGCUAGCAUUCUUCGAGACGAGGCCGUCACCCAGUACCGCACAAAUCCUGUCCGGCAUCGAUAUCGACAGGUCCUCCUCGUCGUCGUGGUCGCCGGCGCCUUCUGAGGACGGCGGCGGCGGCGGUGGGGGUGGUGGUGGUGGUGGGCUACAGAAAGCACGAGUGGAGCGCAUCCGCCUGCUCCCACAGCAUUCCCACCAGCCUUCAUUCCACCUGGCGGUCGGGACAUCGAUGGCCGGCGUCUGGCUGCACAACAUCACCCUCGAGACCUCCUUCCGCGCCUAUCCCGCCAUUGCGAUCCCCUCCUCCGCCGCCCGCUGCACCGCACUAGCUUGGAGCGCCAGUGCCGCAAGUAUCGUCGCUGCGUUCGCGGGCGGCCUUGUUGUUGUCCUGCCAGUGCGCGAGAACGGCGCCGGGAGCGUCACAGUAGGUGCCGCCGUGCGGUUCUAUCCGCAUGUGCUGCUUGGGGUUCGGCUUGGCCGUGGGGUGGGAUCGGUUCUGGUCGUGCCUGACACGGCGUUUCCAACGGUUAUAGUGGCGAUGAAGCGCCGGCCGGGAAUCCAUGUGUUCCGGCUUGUGCCCGAGUCGGUCCUGCGGGCGACGGUCCCGACUGCAAGCGCGGGUUUGGGCGGACACGGGGGAGAGGUUGUCAGUCCUGCGUGGAGAAUCUAUAACCUCGCGAUCCACGCCGCAGCGCAGCUACUCGGCAACAGCGGCGGUGAGGCUAUCACCAUCGUGCAUGUUGGCAGUCUCGAGACCGAAUGGACACCAUACGCCCCUCCCACUACCGCUACCUCCUCCAACACGAGGAAGCCCGCCACUCUCGACGACGACAACGAUCCCGAAGCCACGACGUCUGGCUACGGCGGCGCAGUACAGCACAUGGCGCUCGACCCCAGCGGCCAGCGCCUCAUCGUCGUCUUCUCCGGCGGGCCCGGCACCCACCGAUCCGUCGUCUGGUUCGACGCCAGCAGCAUCACUGCGUCCGCGGCGGCCAUCGGGGCCCUCGGCGUGCUCAAGAUGGAGCGGGCGGGCGAGGUCGGAUUUGCUGCAGGCUGCGGGGAGGGUGUUUGUGCUGGUAUUGUUGUGAAUGGUGGCAGGAAUAUUGCGUUUUUCAGGGGUGUGGGGAGUGUAGUUGUUUAA